AUGCGUACCACUGUCCUCUUGGGUCCAUUACCAGCUUACACAGUUGUUGCACUCUCCAUGUACUUGACAGCAACUCAUCUGAUCUAUGUAGAUGCUUCAGCUGAAGUUCGAAAGGAGACAUGGAUUCUCCACCACCACAUUGCUACUGUGGAGAAGCUGCCUCUGACCGCAUCGGGCUGCCCACUGCUUAUUCACUGCAAAAACUUCCGUGUCGCUCACUUUGUUAUUGGGCAUGAGCGGGACUGUCAUGAAAUCUACACUUCCCUGCUGAAACUCUCGCAGCCAGUGAAACCAGAAGAACUUUAUGCAUUCUCUUACAACCCCAAAAUGCCCAAAGACAACCGGGAGAUGGGCUGGAAGCUGAUAGAUGUCAAAGUAGACUACCAAAGGAUGGGGUUUCCCAAUAACUAUUGGGAAAUAACUGAUGCUAACAAAGACUAUGAGGUUUGCAGCACAUACUCUCCGGAUCUAGUCGUUCCUAAAGCAGCUACUAGGGCGAUGGUGCUGGGGAGUGCAAGGUUUCGAAGCCGAGGUCGGAUACCAGUGCUUUCCUACUUCUACAAAGAGAAUAAUGCUGCCAUAUGCCGUUGUAGUCAGCCCUUGUCUGGGUUCAGCGCCCGCUGCCUGGAGGAUGAACAGCUGUUGCAGGCACUGAGGGAAGCAAACCCAGGAAGUCCGUUCAUGUAUGUUGUAGACACAAGGCCAAAGUUGAACGCCAUGGCCAACCGAGCUGCUGGUAAAGGUUAUGAGAACGUUGAUAACUAUGACAACAUCCGUUUUAAAUUCAUUGGUAUCGAAAACAUACAUGUAAUGAGGAGCAGCCUGCAGAAGCUCUUGGAAGUGUAUGAAACUAAAUCUCCUUCAGUGAGCGACUUCCUUACUGGCUUAGAGAACUCUGGCUGGUUACGGCACAUUAAAGCUGUAAUGGAUGCUGGCAUCUUCCUUGCAAAGGCAGUGAAAGAUGAAGGCGCCAGUGUCUUAGUGCACUGUUCUGAUGGCUGGGAUCGCACUGCUCAGGUCUGCUCAGUGGCCAGCCUCCUCUUGGAUCCCUUUUAUCGGACAUUUAAGGGAUUCAUGCUUGAGCUGAACUCCGUGAACUGUACAGAUUUGCCUGAUAUUCAUAUCAUUGAAAAUAUGCUGGUGUAUGAAUUUUUUAAAGGGGCUUCAAUAUACUAUGUAUUUGAAAGUAAUAUUGAAGUAUGUUAUAACCGGUUUCUGUCCUCUUUGAAGAUUUCAGACAGCUUCUAUCCUUCAGACAAUGACUACCAUUCUCCCUCAUCUCCUGACCCCCCUGUGAAAGCACCACCUGGGGCAUCUGACACUCUCCAACUGGACACGCCGCAGCUGCCAGAGAUUCAACCUUGCACAUCAGAUGUUUCCCAGCUGAGCACUGCCCAGCUUCCCACGCCUGAACUGACACUUAGCAGCCCCCCUGUGUCAGAGGGGGAAGCUGAGAUCAAACCACCUUCGCUCCAUGCUCGGAGGUGCUCGGAGGUUCCACAGACUGAGUUCAGGCGGAGUCUUCGUUUGCGUGCACAGUCCAAGCCUACUUAA